AUGAUGGAGUCCAUGAUGAUUGUUGGUGGGAAUGCGCGUACCUUCGCUAUGAUAGAAGCGUUUAAGUCACUGCUGAAGUCAACACAGAUACUCUCCGGUCCCUCGCUCCGCGAUGCGAACCCGCAGGAUUUUGUGAACCUGAUUAAUGUCAACUUUGAGUUUCUCCGUCGUAGCCGUGAGCCAUCCGCCGGCAUGACUCACGUCAAAGAGUUUUUAGUCCGUCGUGUUGUGGCACUGUUGUCGCAAGGUGAGAAAUCGCGGUUUUCUGCGGACGAUCUCUUUAGCCCACUUAUGCGUGGGAAUCAACAACGAGCGGUGGAGAUUGAAGGAUCUCCCCUCACCCACGAUGGGCGAGGCGAGAGCACUUCGCUUGACGGCGACCCUCGUGAGAUGACGCUGAAUGUGCUGAGAGGUAUUGAGAAAGAGCUGCAACUCUCCACCAAAAGUAUUGUGGAGGACCGCUCGUUGUCUCACUUAUCAUCUAACGACACGAUUCUUGUGUUUGGGAGAAGCAGUACGGUUGAACUCAUUCUUCUUGGCGCCGCCAGUAAUCCUAGACUGACUGUUAAGCCAAAAGUCAUUGUGGUCGACUCUGCGCCACUCUACGAGGGACGCGCACUUGCAAAACGGCUCACAUGCAGUGGACUUUCUGUGACGUAUGGCCUCAUCACCACCUGCUGUACACUUAUGCCCCGUUGCACUCGCGUCUUUAUCGGCGCCGCUGCCGUUCUUCAAAACGGCGAUGUCUUUAGCCGCUGCGGCACGGCUGUUGUGGUUGCUAGUGCGAAGCAGUACCGCAAGCCCGUUUUGUGCUUCAGUGAAAGCUUUAAGUUUGUGCCUGAGGUUUGGCUAGGUAACCUUGGGCAGAACACGAAGCUGAUUGAUGUGCGGCAGUCUCACCAGGGUGAGCAUAGGGUCCACAGCCCAGGCGGAUGGAGUCCGCCAUCGCACCACAAGAACGAGAUUGAGGGACGGCAGUGGAGCCGCGGCGAAGAGAACCCGCACAUGCGUUCAGGCAUUACCACCGCCUCUGGAUACCUGUAUGACCUCACACCCGCUGCGUACGUUGAUAUGAUUAUCUGCGAAAUGGGCUGCUUGCAUACAUCUGCCAUCGUUGCGGCGCUACGGGAUCGCGAGGAUAGGGAUGCGUACCUCAUUUCGGCGGUGUGA